GAGGCGGCCGAGGCCACGCCCAUUGUUAAAGGACCCUUCUCCCGACGAGAAACGUGUCAAUGGGGGAGAGUGCGAGAUGUGUGCCGCGUUAGCAAAGACAGCUGUGAUUGGCUGCAAGUGAAGCUCCUGUUCCCCGCCCCAGCCAAGACUAUCUCAGCUAGCUUUCAUUUUGAGGAAUUACUGUACUCUAUUUGCACUCUGUACUUAGCAUGGAGACUUCCAAAAAGCCAGUUCUUUACACUUAUUUCAGAAGCUCCUGCUCCUGGAGAGUGCGAAUUGCUUUGGCUCUGAAGGGAAUUGCCUAUGAACAAGUAUCCAUAAAUCUUAUAAAGGAUGGAGGACAGCAGAUGACUUCAGACUUUCAAGCAGUGAAUCCAAUGCAGCAAGUCCCUGCCAUCAAAAUCGAUGGCAUCACUCUCUCCCAGUCUCUAGCCAUCAUAGAGUAUCUAGAGGACAGCCGGCCACUCCCAAGGCUCCUUCCGCAGGAUCCAAAGAAGAGAGCUGCGGUUCGAAUGAUCUCAAAUCAUAUUGCUUCUGGAAUUCAACCACUGCAGAAUCUUGCUGUCCUGCAGCAGAUGGGAGAGAAAAAACUAGAUUGGGCACAACGCAUCAUUUCUCAAGGCUUCAAAGCUUUGGAACAGAUCCUGAAAGAAACAGCUGGCUGCUACUGUGUUGGGGAUGAGGUGACCAUGGCAGACCUUUGCUUGGUCCCCCAAGUAUACAAUGCUGAGAGCAGAUUUAAAGUGGAUCUGACUCCAUACCCCACAAUAAGCAGAAUCAACAAAGCUCUCCUAGAAUUAGAAGCAUUUCAAAGCAGCCAUCCUUCCCGGCAGCCAGAUACACCUCCAGAACUAAGAUCCUAAAGUUCUUCAACUGCUUGCUUCACUGUGGGGAAAUUGAUCCAAAAUUAAAUGGGACUCUCCUUUUUAAGAUUUUCUGGGCGGGGGGAAACUUGAGGAUUUUGUCUGGAAGAGUCUGAUAAAUCUAAGACUAAAAGAAGAAGAAAAAAAAGGCAGUGUAAUUCUAUAGUACAUAGCUGGAGUAAAAUAAACCUUUGAUCAUGUG